AUGUUUUCAGAUGACGAAACUAUGGACGGUAUUCGUGCUGUGGUGCCAGUAGCGCUCAUACAAGAUGAAUUCUGUGUCGGUGCGGCGGCAGAAGUUGCAAUAUUACCUGAGCAAAGCUUGCAACAUAACGCUCGGGUCCUUCUCGGUGAAAGUUGGAACGAUCUGGGGCGGCGCGUGCGCAGCUAUCUCAUACACCCCGAGUAUGGGCCCACUUACAACACUAUCGCACUGAUACAACUUAAGGAUCCAAUACGGAAUGGUAUAAUAUUCCACUUAUGUCCACCUCCAGAGAUACUGAGGGAUCCGCAGUUUUAUAUUGUAAGGUUUAAAGACGACUAUAAUGAUUUGAAGAAGGAAGUUAUACCUAUGCAUUACGUGCCCCGGCGCAUGUGUCGAGACUUCUACGUGGCUGCAAAUCUGUACGCGGAGAAGAUGCGACCACCUCACGUGGUCUGCGCAACUUCUAUGGAGCACGACAACGUGUGUGUGUGGGAGGCGGGGGCGGUGCUGGUGUCGAGAGACGUGUGGGGACGCUGGCAGUUGCUAGGGUUUGGAGUGCGCGGCCCUGGGUGCGCGGGUCCGUCUCGCUACCUGGACAUGUUGAGCUACUACCCCUGGAUCCACUCCAGCCUGCAUCAGCUCCAACGCCUCACCAUCUCUAAGAUACAUCGGCAUAAAUACGUCUUGCGAACGUCUGCUGGCGCCUCCAGCCUCCAAAAGUUCGGCGAUUGCAACAUUGGACCAAAUGAGAGCAAGUUGUACCGAGAAUUCAUUAAACUGAGGACGGAUAACAACCAGUAUCAAUUCCUCACUUACAAUAUGACGAUUCAAGAAGCCAUGGAGAUUACGUGCAUGACACUUGAGUUGGUGAACGCAUCUGCCAGCUCCGAAAUGAGAGUGAAACACUCUUGCCCGCGUAACAACUACGGUCCGGCGUGCCACUACUAUAGAAAUUCCUAUUUCGACAUAUCGGUAUUUCUGAUGUUCUCUGACGCUUGUACAUUCGAAAUGAUCGUAUAUGGUAUCGAGAAGAAUAUGACGCUGAUGCACAUAAUGGAAGGGAAGUGGGAGGAAGGAUCGUACUAUAAAAACUUCAUACAACAACGUGUCGAGUACAAAGGCCAAAGUUUUAUGACAACAUAUGGAUUUGAACCAUUGGAACCAGCUCGGUGGCUCCCUAGUUAUGACGUAUGGUCCACCACUGAGGUUUACAACGGAACCACGUCCAGGACUACGGAACCACCAAAUCGAGAUGCGACCGGAGCAUCCACCACCCCGAAAGCGGCGCCGUUGCCCAAUGCGCCUGCGCCGACGAGACGUUGGAAAGGUAAAAACACUCGGCCUUCGUCGAAACCGCCAAAGACAGUCCCAGCGAAGUAUACCGAAUCUGAAGAGGAGGAGGUCAUAGAAACGACCACCACUACUAGGCGAAGGAAACGACCAGGUGGUCGAUAA